AUGCCUGCCAUCAAACACCCUGUCAAGAUCAACGUCGACCUAGGAGAAGGCUACGGGAACUUCAAAUGCGGUCCAGAUGAUGAAUUAAUACCGCUCAUCGACCAUGCCAACAUAGCGUGCGGUUUCCAUGCCGGUGACCCAUUGAUCAUGCACCAAACCGUCCUCGCCUGCAAGGAACACAACAUCGCCGUCGGCGCCCAUCCUGGCCUUCCUGAUAUCCAGGGCUUCGGCCGGCGCGAGAUCAAGAUGUCGCCCGAGGAGCUGACUGCCGCUGUCCGGUACCAGGUUGGCGCGCUGAAAGCGUUUCUCGAUGCCGAAGAUGUGCCGCUGCACCAUGUGAAACCGCACGGCGUGCUGUACGGAAUGAUGUACAGGGACAAGGAGAUUUGCAGAGCAGUGUAUGAGGGCGUGCCAAAGGGAACCACUGUCUUUGGUCUUGCGGGCACGCUUCAUGAGGAGGUUGCCAAGGAGAUGGGACUGCCGUUCGUCGCGGAACUGUAUGGCGAUGUCAAGUACAACAAGGACAAUACGCUGGUCAUAGAUCGGAAGAAGAAGUAG